AUGUGGAGACGGACCUGCCAUUUGAAGGCGCUCUCAGAAGGGAAAGCAUCGUCCUUCCUCAACUUACGGUCCCAGCGGGGGAGCUUCGUGAUCAUCGCUCCCGGAAACAUGAAGGCUGCUUCAGUCCUCCAGGGAGGGGAGCCUCCUUUCAAUGCCUUUGCAAAACUCAAAAUUUCUCAGCCAAAUUUAGCUGACGAUAUGGAUAACCCCAGUUGUUACCGACCUAAGAACUCUUCACUGUUAUCUAAGAGAGAUCCCGACCUGCAUUUGAAACAGGCUCCUGGGACAAAGCCAUUGGCUCCCAGGGACAAACUGCUGCUGACCUGGAAGAGACCUUAUGGGGUUGGUGCUGGGCUCUGCAAUGUGGGAAACACGUGCUACAUGAAUGCUGCACUGCAGUGCCUGACGUACACACCACCCCUCGCCAACUAUGUGCUGUCCCAGGAGCAUUCUCUAAGCUGUCGUCGUCAGGAAUGCUGCAUGCUGUGCACUAUGGAAGCUCAUGUCACCCGGGUGCUAACCCAGCCUGGCCAGGUGAUCAAGCCCUCGCUGGCACUGGCUGCUGGCUUCCACAGAUACGACCAGGAAGAUGCCCAUGAGUUUCUCAUGUGCACUGUGGAUGCCAUGAAGAGAGCUUGUCUGUCUGGGCACGAGCCCUUAGACGGUCACUCUGAGGACACAACCCUAAUCCGUCAAAUAUUUGGAGGCUACUGGAGGUCUCAGAUCAAGUGUCUGCACUGCCAUGGCAUUUCAGACACCUUUGAACCUUACCUGGACAUCGCCUUGGAUAUCGAGGCAGCUCAGAGCCUCAACCAAGCUUUGCAAUGGUUGGUGAAGCCCGAGCACCUGGACGGAGAGGAUGCCUAUCACUGUGGUACUUGUCUAAAGAAGGUCCCUGCGUCCAAGUCUCUGACUGUGCACACUGCCUCCAAGGUCCUGAUGCUUGUGUUGAAAAGGUUCUCAGAUGUCACAGGCAACAAAAUUGCAAAAGAAGUGCAAUAUCCCGAGUGCCUUGACAUGCAACCAUACAUGUCUCAGCGGAACAGAGGACCCCUUGUUUACCUCCUGUAUGCUGUGCUGGUCCAUGCUGGGAGCAGCUGUCAAAGUGGACAUUACUUCUGCUAUGUCAAAGCUGGGAAUGGCCAGUGGUACAAAAUGGAUGAUGCUAAGGUGACCGCCUGUCACAUUUCUUCUGUCCUCAGUCAACCUGCCUACCUUCUCUUUUACAUCCAGAAGAGUGAAUUGGGGAGAGACGGUGGGUGUGCCUCCAGAGGGAAGAAACCAAGAGCCCGUGGGGCUGAAGACACGGACAAGGGAGCAACCCAACGGGAGCUCAAAAGUGACUCUGGCGUCAAGAUUCCCGAGUUUGAGGAACGCUUGGAAAAGACAGCAACUACGGAGCUCUCCUUAGAUCAGUGGAAGUGCCUCCUGGAACAAAACCGACCAAAGCCUGCGGUGAACUUCCGAAAAAUUGAAUCCACCCUGCCUUCCAAUGCAGUUGUGAUUCAUCCACCAAAAUACAAGACGGAGAUGACAAAGGACAAUAACUUGCUGCCCACAUCAGACAAGGAAGAAAGAGACCAGGUGUCCCUGAAAGCUAGCAAAGUCCCUUGUGUGGGUGGGAGGGCCAGGGGUAGCAAGAGGAGGAACAAGCACGGCACAAGUUCUCUGGUUGUGUUCCAGUAA